ACUUCCUGUUGGUUCACAUGGCGACAGAUACACAGUAGAGAGGAACGGAAGGAAUCUCAAACAAUUAAAGGGAAUAACAACGAUAAAUGGUCGAUUAAGGACAUCAAACGAGCAUAUAGUAGUCUGUUUGUGAAGUAAAAACUGUUAAACGAUCUGUUUUAUUGGCAUACUCUAACGUUAAUAUGAGUUUUAAGGAGAUUAAAUAUGAGCCUCGUCAAGAUUGGCAACAAACCUCGACUGGUGUCGGACAUCAUCACAGACCUGGCUAUUAUUUCCCUGAUUCCGAAUUCCAGACAUUAAUAAGAGAACCACUUCCUCCUCCACUUGCCAAACAGGAUGAAGUUACUAGAGAUCAACACUUUGAGACCACCACUGGGAAAGCCCACGAUAACAAAUAUCCAUAUGGACCAUUUCAUAAUACUGUCCAUACUAAAGCUCCAGGUCAUUGGAAAGUCAACUAUAUUAAAGAUUUAGCAGAAAAGUUGGAUAAAGGAGGCUGGAGGAAGCCUCUGUCUGCUGGCAAUCAGAUGUCAGAGACUAAAGAGGAAUUUAGAAACAAAGCAGGAGUAAGACAAAAAUAUCAUUUUGACGAUGCAGCUGGUCUGAACAUCCCACAAACGUACACACAGUGGGACCACCAUGUUGAAGGACCUUCAAAGUAUGGUCAAGGAUCAACACAGAAUCCAAAACUCCAGGCAAAACCAUUCUAUGUGAGAGACCAGGGUGUGCUUACACUAAUGGACCCUUACCUCACAACAACACAAAAAGACCAUAGAUCAUUUAAACCAGAUGAAUUGAAAAAAUAUCCCAAGAAAGAUGUAGCCACUUACUGGGACUGUGAGGAUUAUCCUAAAGCAUGGGGACAUGGAAAUAAACACAAUCCAGUACCAAAAGAUAAUGUACGUAGAGAACAGUUACCUAUGAUAGAUCCCACAUGGUUCAAAUCAAGGACAAAAAUACCUCGCCAGCCUAAAUCCUUACUGCCAGUGCCACAUGGAGGCCUCAAGUCACUGUACACAGAAUCUUUUAUCCAACCAACAGAUGUUAAAGCUAAAGAAAACUUCUAUUGUCCUGUAGAUACUCCAUGGGUCCUACCACCACCAGGAACUAAAUCUGUAAUGACAGCACCAAAAAUGUACAACACAGAAUACCAAAAUGUUGGCAGUGGAAAUCCAGUGACAGUGUAAAGAAGCCUCUUGACAAUGGACACUAUUCUGAAGAUUUUAGUUUUUUGAGAAAGUCAAAUCAUGAUAAAUUUCAAUCAUGGAUUAAGUUGACCUGAUAAAAUCAUAUUCAGUGCAAUCAAUGUUUUUAUCAGGCUAUAUUUAAAAAAAAUAGUUUGUCAUAGCCUUACUGACCAUUGAACAGUUGAUAAAUCAAUUUAAACAAAUCAAUCAUAAAAUAAGGAAAACUGAUUAAAACAAACAUAAAACAAAAAUCUUUAAUCAGAAUUUUUUUUUAAGUUUUCUGUGUUCUUAUCAGGCUAUGACAACCAAAUUAUAAUAUAUGUUGGCAUGUAUAAACUAUAAUCAUGUGUAUGAAUCAGAAGAAAAUCUAUGGUUUAAUCAUGUUACAACUCUAAAUUUAGUUUACUAUUAAGCAAGACUAUCUUGAACACUUUCUACGUUUUAUAUUUUGAGCAAGCAUACUGUGAUAUAUUUGCUUUUUAAGAAUUUUAUAUAUAUAUUGUUAUUUUUUAAUUUCAUUGUUUUAUAACAUCUUACUGAAACUUGUAUUUCUUACAUCAUAUUUUAGACUAUUUUAAUUCUAUAUCUAUAUUGCAUUUUAGAGCAACACAAAGUCUUAUGACAGCUGAUCAUGAUGUGUUGUAAAGUUUUUUAGAUAAUUCUAUAGUCAGACAGUUUUGUUUAAUAUUGUCUGUGUCACCUCAUGUUUUAUGUCUUAAGUUCAUUGUAUAAACUGUUUUCAACACAAGACAAAAUGAAAUAUUUGUGAAGAAAUAAAGAAAAAUAAUAAUUGA